AUGAACACCCUCAGCCGCCUCGAUACGUGGCUUUCCGCCCUCUUCACCCCCCCGCCUCCCAAAAAGGUAUCCUCCAAGCAAGCCUCGCCCGUCCCAUCUCUCUCUGCAUCCCCUUCACGACAAUCCGCAUCCCGGUCAUCCUCGUCAUUACCGGCCCAGACGCUUCCUUCCACCCCUCUGGGCCGGCCGUCUACCCCAACCCAAUCGAGAGCUAGACGCACUCCCAAACGUCGGCGUCGCCGGCAGACAUACUCGUCCCUCAAAGUCCCUCCGCCGACAACACCACUGAUCAUUCGGAUCGCGCUGGUUCUAUGGUCCAUCUUGUUGUCUUUCUGGCGGUCUUUCGUCGGAGAGACCAGGGCGACUAGAGGAAGGGGUAGGCGCAGGGUACGUGGCCGGGAUAGUAGAGGAGGACUGGGAGGGGCGGUGAGCGUGAGUGCUGGGCUGGAGGGCCUGAGGGAGCUCGGCGAGAGGGUGUUGGUGAACGCGGGCAUCAGUCCAUCUGAAGAGGAGAAUGACCAUGGAGAGGAAGGGAGCGAGGGAGAAGGCUGGGUAGAUCCUGUUACUCGAGGGCCAGAAGGGGCGGAAAGUAUGGAGGAGGUGCCGCCAGGCGAGGACGAGUUUGCUGCUACCGUCUCUGGGGAAGCGCUCCAGCUCGAUCUCGGGGCGGACGAAGAGACGAUCAGAGCUGCUGGGCCCGAUCCCAACUUUACUUUUCGUCUCCGCUCUGCCCCUCAGAGGAACAACGAGGAUGGUGUCAGCAGCGGACGGACCACGCCCAGCCGCAAGCCUAUUCCCUUUCAGCGUCCGCCCUCUCCGACGUCCAUUCUGGAGAACCCCAUCUCGCCUUCACCCGUUUCCCAGCUUCGCAUCACACCACCAGAACCCGAUGAGAAGCCUGUGCAGCCUGCGCCACGUAGGGCGUCAGGCGGUAAACUACUCGCAAACCCCAUCUCCACAUCUCUCCUCGACCCCUCCGUGCCCGCCCCGGCCUCCAACGCCGAGUCGACUCUGUUCCGCAAACCCUCUCCAAGGCUUCCCAAAGCCAUUCCAACGACACCUUUCCAUCUCCAGAAAACGCUAAUACUGGACUUGGACGAGACGCUCAUUCACUCGACCUCUCGGCCGCUAAACUAUCCAGGAGGAUCGUCAGGUGGCGGAGGGAUUCUCGGGUUGAGUCUUGGCGGAGUGCUUGGGAUCGGGGCGAAAGGCAGGGGGCGAGAAGGGCAUACCGUCGAAGUGGUGGUGAAUGGCAGGAGUACGAUGUACCACGUCUACAAACGUCCUUACGUUGACCAUUUCCUUCGAAAGGUUGCGGCAUGGUACACUCUUGUGAUCUACACCGCAUCUAUGCCAGAAUAUGCCGAUCCCGUCAUAGACUGGCUCGACGGCGGUCGAAACCUCUUUGCCAAGAAGCUCUACCGAGAAAGCUGUUUUCAACAGCCCAACGGGAGCUAUGUGAAGGAUCUGGCGCUGGUGGAGAAGGACCUGUCAAGAGUCUGUUUCAUGGACAACUCGCCGAUUAGUUAUACCAACGCUCUACCAAUCGAAGGUUGGACGUCAGACCCCAACGACGAGGCCCUGCUCCAUUCUAUUCCGGUGCUGGACAGUCUGAGGUUUGUGAAUGAUGUUCGGAGGGUUCUGGGUAUCAGAGGAUUUACAUGA